UAGCGUCUGUGCAACAGGAGUUCAGUCUCCAUAGGACUCGCUGGAAUUUGGGCUUCAGGACAACCUGGGGCUAUGUCCAUGCUGACAGGACCUGGGUUUGCUCAGGAUCCGCCCAGGGAGGCACGGCCAGGAGUAAAAGACCAGAAAGAACCAGAGCCCACUAGGCUUCCCCCUAUUAUCUCAGAAGAUGGGAAUCAUUCCGUGCACCAGAAUAGCCACACAAGGUACCAAGAAGCUGUACGGAAGGUGUUGUUAAAGACAUUCCCCAAUCAGGUCUUCAGAGUCCCCCUGACUGAUGCUCAGAACUUCAGCUUCUGGCGGUCCCACAAUCCAGGAGUGCGCCCAGAGGAAACCAUGCCAUGGAUCCGGAGCCCCUGCCACUGCCUCAUCAAAAGCCCAAUGACCAGGUUUACGGAUCACUCUAUUCUCAAUGACAGAAACUUCAGUCUGUAUUGAGCAGGAAGUGUUUGCAGAAGGACAAGAUAAACUCUGGAUGGAGGGCAAAGAGGGACAGAGGGAGGUGUCCUG